ACAGCGCGUCAAUUGGUUGGUGCGUUAUGAUGUUGAUAAGUGGCUGUUAAGUAUGGUGAAUAACAGACUUAUUCAUAAUUAACUCUGAGAAUGUUUAACUUUUAGGUACAGGAGCAGUUUUUUAAUCAUGCAUUUACGUGUUGCGUCAUAAUCACAUUGGAGGAGUGAUCACAGCAAUUGUGUACGCAUUCUCGAUAGUAUCGAGAAAAUGGCUCAAAAUCGUUUGCAAUGGCGCAGGUGCAUACAUUCUUUGUGUUCUCCAAAAUUCUAAUCUACUGAUUCCUCCUUGUCUCUUUUUCUCUUCCCAAAUUCAUUUCACUGGAUCAUACUCUUUAAAUAACAUCUUCAAAACUUAAUCUUCCCGAUCACUGCUUAUACUCUUACCCUUACCUCUACCACUACGGGAUUUGAAUUGACAACUGCAUCUCGGUGCUAAUGUGGUGUGACAACUAGACUGUUGUACGUACGUUUAUCGUAAGGGAGUCUAGAAAGACCCUUCACUAAUUUCGUUCCCAAACGCUGGACACGCUCAAGGGUGUUAGUAUCCUUUACCAGACACGGGCUAGCUGCUUGGAUACAGUACUCUAAGUGUGGUCUUACAUAGGUGGGAUAUGUGUAUUGUACCGACAUCUUUAAUAGACUAGUAAUGCUGUCGGUAAGAUACUGAAUUGUUGUGAGAAUCGAUAGCAGAAAGCAGUAAAAUUACAGUAGGGUAGUUGUUUUCUACGGUUAAUCACACUUCUCAUACUAUAUUAUUCAUUAUGGAAUAAGGUUAAAUUUACACAUUAAAAGUUUGAAUAGAGUUGUAUGUUGGGGUUGUUAUUUCGUGGGAUGCUUAUCACGAACUAUGGUGCUUUAUCGUCCCUCUUUUUUCUAACCUAAAAACCUUGCCGCUAAGAUUCAGGGUUUGAAGUAAAGAAAUGGUAAGCCUCAUAAGCACAUUCAAAUAUGCAGAGAAUAGCAUCAAUUACUCUGUUACUCAGGCUGCAUCAGGAGCAGAUAUUUCUUUCCAUUCAUUCACGUUUGUUGCAUAGUUUACAUUUUCGUCAAUUUCAAACAUUUUGCUGGCCAAAUAUUGGCAAUUUUUAUCUGAUUGGUAAAAUCAUACAAGUUCUUGACUUUGAGCAGUAAUGUAUGGGGCUCUAUCGUAAUUUUGGUCGUUUCAAUCAACACCGUCGGUGUUGUGCUCUACUGUAUGGUGUAUUUUUGUGAUCGUAUGAUUUUCUUGAGCACAUGUACUCCUCAUAAACUUGAGUGUCAUGAUGAAUUGUCCCGGCACAUUAUCUCAAGCCAAUAAAGGGAACGAGGAUAUCCAAAACUUUCAAUAAUAAUGUUAAAGUUCAAAAAGCAUUUAUCUUUUUACGAAAUAAGGAAUGUGCAGACACCCGACCAUUAUCUCCUUUCGCUGGUUCCAACAGUCAGUUAAAUGCUAUAAAUGGAACGUCCCUCCCACCGUAUACAUCAAAUCAGCUGUGGCUAACAUUGUAUGAUAUGUUGUAAAUUAUUGUAAGUUAAAUCAGUACCACAUUUUCACACUUGAGGCAUCUUUGGUGCAACACCUGUAACGGCAUGCUUUCUCUGACUAAUGGCAGAACCUCAAGUGAUGUAUUAGGUAUCGUUCCAAAUCCGUAUUAUCGAGACCUUUCUUUGUUGAUUUUUGGGUAUGUGCAUAUGGUUUAAUAAUAUUCAGUCUUAUUUUCUUGAUAGUUGUACACAUUCAUGAUAGAUAUUUACAUUCUCAUUACUUAUGCUAGACUAUUAAGAGUAAGUACGUUUGCAAAGUACUCCCUGUACAUACUGCUGAAUUGAACUCAUUUCGAUCAAGAAUUUCACGUUUUCAAUCCAGAUAAAAUCAAUGUAUUGAAUGACAGUCUGAGAUAAACUGGGAAGAAUCAAAGGGGUACUUUUAAGUUCUAGUAUAGUCAACUUUUAAUGGUGAGUCGUUAAUAAAACAUUCUCCACAACCAUUUGAAAAUAAAUAGUACUAAAUUGAGGCAGUUGUCAUCAGAUCUUACUAGCACUUACGUGGAAUUCUCGGUAGAUAAAGCAACGUUAGAUGAUAGGCAGGUAUCACUGGAAGGUAACUAUCCUAAAUUUAAGAUAAUUUGUUUCUCCAUAUAACGGCGCAUGUCCUGUUAGCUUCAGUGGGUUACGUGAGAACAACCAUUUCCAUUUGAUUUUUAAAGGGUUCAGUCUAAUUGGUAUUCUGUCUUAUUGUUGCUGCUGUUACCUGUACUUUUUUGCUUUGGCCAUUUCAUAUCUCAUAUAUGUUUGUUGACUGGAUUGUUUUGCUCUACGGUCUCGUACUCAGACUGCCUUUAUCAAGACCAGAAGUCCUAUUUUGAAUUUUUCCUAAAAGUAAAUGUUACCACGCAAUGUGGUUUAUUUCCAAGUGUAUUGUUUUGUCCUUCAUGAGCCAAUACUUAUCUAUACAAUUUAAACGUGAUACAGUUAGUUUGAAAGUGGUAUUUCUUACGACUAUGCUGCUAUUGUAUGCUAGAGUCAGUUUUCGGUGUACAUAAUAAAGAUUUGGCUGGGUAACAACUAUAGUUGGCAAUUUACUUCUGAGCACGCAGCGUUCCUACCAGGAGUUCUUCAUCCGAUUUCGAAUCCGUCACACAUAUUUGUAUAAACCACAGUAUGUCGAGGUAACGGUUGAUUCCUACCAGUAAACUUUGGUAGUGACAACAAAAAAACCAAAUUGAUUUGAAAGUUGUCUCGUAUACAAUACUUUGAAGAGUCCUGAUAUGAGCAUUCAUUUCAAUGCCGCGGCAGUACCAAGCGAUCAGUCAGCCAGCGAUAAACCAACGGAAAGCCAGUGAAUUAAGAACUGCAGUUAGUAACUCUUACAGAUCUCUUGUAAAAUUGCCAUCAAAAGAAGUGUACGUCUUGUCAUUAUCGUUACCUUGGCCUCAAACUAUUAUUAUGAUUAUUUCAUUUCGUAUUUAAAAACGUCAUACUCUCUCCUUACUUACGCCCCAUAUCCUCAUGAUUUUAUCCGUAAUUGUUUCUGGUGUUUAACUAUUUUAACCAAGAUAUUUUGAUCAUCUUACUUCAAUCCGUUGCUAAAUUAUUAAUUUUACAAUGCUUUCUAUUUGGACUAUCAUUUAUUGUUAUUAUUCAUAUUACAUAAUCUUCCUAUGAAAUCAUCAUGUUUAUUCCUUCGUGUUUUUAGUCAAUCAGAACGUUCACGUUCCAUCUAUUCGUACUGAAAUCUGCUUUGUUGUUUCAACUUGAAAUUAUUCUUGCCACAACGGUCAUUGAUUAGGAACUAUCCCUUUUUAUUUAGCUUUAUCAAAUACUUCAUUAAACUGGUUCAUUUGAAUUACUAUAAUAUAUACAACCUAAUAUUUUAUACAGCUACUAAGAUUUCUUCGAAUAAUCGUUAGUCAUGAAGUUGGAUAACAUUCGACACACAUAUAGUUGGAUAAUAUUGUCCUCAUAAAUAAAUAGUAUAUUUGUAAUAUUAAUUUUAAUUUGGUUAUUUAUUCUCAGAAGAAGUGACUUGCAUUAAGUCACGAAACGACAGAAAAUCUAAUUUUUCUAUUCAUUGGGAUAUUACAAAUAUACUAUUUAUUUAUAACAAUCUACCCAAUGCUCAAUGUAUUCGAAAUUAUCAAGUCGAAUCUUGGUAAUGAUACUUAUAAUAUUGUUCUCAGUUGGAUCAUUAUCUAGCUUCACUCUAAUAUACAUGGAUAUUUAUAUGAAAAUGCUAAACUAGUCAAGGUAAUUCUCGGGUCAACGAUCACAAUGAAGUAUAUUGCAUAACUAGGUAUAAUAGGUAAUAAGUAUAAAUUGGUAGUAAGAAAACGGCUGUACCAGUAGGGAUAAGAAUAGUAAAAAUUCUAGCCAAUAUUUUAAGACACAUAGAACAAAUUUAGAUAAAUAAACUAAUGAUCACGAAACACCACUCAGACCAUGUAAUGUUAGGUGUGUAAAUAAAGACGUAGUGAAUAAUGUGAACGAAAGAGAAUGAACAAAUAGAGGUAAUUAGCCAGUUUCCUAAUAGCGUCUGCUACAUGUAGGAAACGGGAUCUUACCCCAAUGGGGAGUGAUGGUGUACUAUAGAUCGCACGGAGCGAUUGGGUCUUUACUAUCACUUGAUCACUGUCAACAAGGUGUGACAAGAUAAAGCUGUGGCUCUUUCCAAACCAUUCUGGGUGAUGUCCACAUAUUCGUUAGCUAAGUUGAUGGGUAGUAAGCCCUAUAUGGACAAAUCAAACUAUCGACUUGUAUAUUUUACCUAUCAAAAGUAGUUAUGCAAAUUAUUUCAUUACGAUCAUUGACUCAAGAAUUGUCUGGGUUGGCUUAAUAUUUUCAUAUAAAUACGUAUAUUAGAGUUAAACCCGAUUAUGAUCUCACCGGAAACGCCAUUCGUUCACAUGCGUUGUUAUAAUUUUCACUGGAAAUAUCUAAGCCUACAUACAGUCCUCCGAAGAUUUAUGUAAAAGGUAUUGUAUCUAGGAUUGUUUAGAUUGAUUUAUCUCUGUAGCAUGUAACCUAUGUAAUAAAAUCUAAAUUCACGUACCGAAGUCACUUUAAAGCAUCUGACGAAUGGCUCUUAGCAUCGAAGUAAGAACCGUAAUAUCAAGUCACGGAAAAGUAUCCAACUCCAGUUGAGCUCAUUGAUCACUUUGCAUAAUAACUAUUUCACUUUUUCCCGUUGCUCUGAAAACCUAUAUUUCUCAGUAAUGUCAAAAAAAUAAUGAGAUGAGUAAUGCAUGACUCCAUUGAUUAUUUUGUAUACACAAAUUAUUACGAAUUCUUAUCUAUGUACGCGUAUGUGUUUGUGAGUGUCUUCACAUUUACCUGAUGAUCUAUCAUUCAAGCUAGAUCCUGCAUUUUUGGUCCAGGUUUUUUUUUCAUACACAUGUGUGAUAAUUCAUAUAUACACUUUCGACUUUCAUUUGAUUCUUACAAGUACUUAUUCAUUUCAAUAUCGUUUGUUCUGUCUGGGGAACAAGCCUGUUUGAAAUAAAUCGUACUUAAUAACACUUUGUAUCGUGACUCAUUUACCGUCUCACUGGAGGUAACGUAAUCGCAAAGUUAUUUAAGUCAAUUAACAGUACUAAUUUAAUACAGAUAAGACGGCAGUAAAAAACCAUCAGCUAAAAAAACCUAAACGUACAUGUACUUUAGUUACUAUUUAACUAGGGGUUAGACGAAACACACAACUGUUUAAUUCUAUGCUUCGACUCAAUUUAGUUUUAUCGAUGUAAUAAACUACAAAUUUUAUUUUGAAGAUAAAAUAUAUUGACUGAUUUGGAAAUCACUUAUUAUCGAAGUGGUGAAGUUCGAACCGAUAUGCGCUAAACCUGAAUAUAAUUUUACGUUAAACGGAAAAAUAUCUUUGUGAAGACAAUCAAAUAUAUGUGGAUGUUUCUUUCGAUGAUGAUAAAUGGUUUGUAAACAAACAAGCAAAUUAAUUAUGAAUACAGUCUUCAAGGACCAGAAUUCUGAGCAAUUUCUGAUCGCAAUGAACAAAUAUCACUACCAUCAAAAAUGCGAAAUAGCAGAAGCAUAUCGAAUAUAUUGAUCAUACUAUGCUUUCCAUCAUUAAAAGUAGAAUAUUAGAUGCGAAAUUAUGGUCUCUAGUCUUUGCCUUACAAAAUGUAUAUCACAGAGUAUGGUUUUAGAAUUCAAGCGCAACUAAAUCCUGUGCGGAAUUAAAUAUGAGAUCUUACUGAAAAUAACAUGACUAGUAUUUUCGAGCAACAAACUUCAAUCUCAUAAGACAGGUUACAGAUUACCCAUAAGAAAACAGGAUGAAGCAUUGAGGACAAAGACCUGGUCAUUGUUUUGUGUUCAUAAUUAGGAAAAUAAUAACUAUGUACUGUAGAGUAAACGAAACCGACGGUUGUAUUUCUGACAGAACACAACAAGACAACGAUUUCUAAGUAGGGUUUUUCUUAUUUACACUUCGAAAAUGUAUAAUAAUAACCCAGUAAAACAACUAAUGACUCCUCAUUGAGAUGUAAAAGAAAUAUAUGUCAGUUUGUCUGAUAGAUGAAGGUAACAUAGUGUAAAGAACUGUUCACUAAGAAUCCACAUAGAAAGGACAACGUAAAUGCUACUUUUUUUGGUAAUAUCGAAAUCCAAAGAUACUACAAAGGAUUGCUACUGCUACUUUUUAACAGCGGUUUGUUACACAAAUGAGACUGACGACUUCAGUCAUACUGCUUUGUCCCAUGAUAUUCUGUGACUAGUUUACUUUCUUCACAUUAAUAAUCUGCAAGGAGAUUUAAGUUUAUGGGACGAAUACCGUACUGCCUAAACAAAUGUACUAGACGGAUAUCCAGACAAUUGUUUCCUUCACUUCAUAAUAUUGAUUUAAAGCCCUCCAAGAACAAUUGACGAAGUGCUUUGAACACUUCGUUGUUUUUAUCAAUUGAAUUUAAAGUGAGUGUAGUUUAGUGCCGAACUCUCAGUUACGCCAUCAAAGGAUAACUCAAGAUAUAUAAUAAUGAACGUAUAAACAAGUGUUAACUCUUUGUGCAUAGAUAUAUAAGAAUUCCAUUUUAGUGUUUCUCAUUAAACAAAUAGAAAUGUGAUUCAUUGCCUUCAUAUUAAUAAUAGACGUUUUCUAUAAAUUAGGCAUUAUUAACACGAAGCCAAAACUAGAAGUCCUCUAAGUUUAUUUUUGUCAUAUUAGACAUACAGAUUUUUGAUUUUCCUGUCAUCUGCUGGACGUUGACGCGUACAGACAAAUAUCAAGAACUUGCAAGUUAUUAAGCGAGUGACUUUGCUCUACAUUGGUUGUCAGAACGAAGAAAUUAAUGAGACGCUGCUCGCAUUUGCGAUCCACAUGUAAUUUAGUGUGAUAUGGGCUAGUGUAGAGAAACGUCCAUAUUGUGUGGAUCAUGCACCAACUAGCAGCACUGACUGUAUACAAAAACGUUUGGUUGCAUGGUCUAUGAUUAAAUAUCAGUGGUUGUUUAUCUGUUGACGAUGCGCAAGCCAGAUAUUCAAAAUGUUUGCGCAAUAGGAUAUCUAACAAAGAUAUCAUUCAAAUAUGACAGGAAUGAUGAAAAAAUUUAGUAACGCAUAGUUUAUGCCCUAAGGUAUGCUGCUAUCACGCACUUCAUAAGAUCCAUAUAGAUAGAGGGCCAUUGAAAAUAAAGUCGCACUAGAAAUUUAACCAUUAAUGUGGAUUUUCGGCAUUAUAGAAAUCAACAAUAAAGAAGAAACUGUCCUUAAUAAAUUUUGUCAUCCAACGGUAUUGAUUGAACAGUGUCUAGCAAUUUAUUUGAGUAUAGGUUGCUGUGAAUGUAACUAUGCUAAACUUAUUGGUUUUUAGGAGUUCUGAAUCAUUAAAAACAUGAAAGUUUUUAAGAAGACGGGAUGAUUCACGAGAAACUAGUAUACAAACGAUUAAUCUGUUGUAAAUUUUGCACUUCACUUAUGAUAAAUAUUAUAGUUCUCAUUAAAAACACAGCGCAAUAAUAAUAAUUAUCAUUUCAAUUUAAGCCCUAUACGAUACUGCCAUAUAUAAAAAUGACAUUAAGAUAUAUAAAUAAUGGGAGGUUGAGUACGUCCACUCUCUAUUUUACUAUUUCUUUCUAAGUGAAAAAUAUAUCGAGCAACAUUUCUCAUAUAUAAGAGUAUAGGACUAAUUCUACGCUAACAUUCAAAUCGGUUCAUGAAAACAAAUCAGAAUCGAGGUAACACAGAAUACUAAGAAACAUAUUUGAUGUCAUCUGGUUAAUAAUAAGGUACUUUUUGAUACGUUAGAUUUGAUUUUAGAUGACUGGGAUAAAAUUGACGAGUAUAUCUUAAGCAGCAAAGCAAUUCUAAGUGCAAUUUACAGAAUGGAACAAUAUGAGUAACUUAAUUAAGGCAAUAACACCUACAACACAUGGUCAAAAAUAUUUAGGUCUAUAACGUGUGAUAAGCUACACAAAUUCAGGAAUCUUAUCGGCUUGUGCGUACAAGUUAUGAAAGGGACAGUUAGCGAGUUGAUUAUUCCCACAACAAACAUAAGUACAGCUGAGAUAUUCUAAAGACUGUGUAAAACAACGCACAAUUCGCCACACCCGCCAAAUAAAUCAUGAUGUCUAACUAGACUAAACAACAUUUAGGGAAAAACCCUACAGGACAAUAACAUUAUUUACUAAUAGCUAUGGCAUGAGGAGGCUACCAUACUUGAUUUUUGGUUGGCAUAUUAUUGCCUCACAUUCAAUUUGAAAAUGUCAUCAUCCGAACCAGGUCGCCCACGCAAUCUUUUCGAUACAUUGCGAACAUUAGUCAAAUCUGAGAAAGGUUUGUUGUUGAUACUUUUACUAUAUAGUCGCUCAUCACACAUUUUUGGUUUUGUGAAGGAGCUAGCAGAGCCACCAUCGCAUUUCGUUUUCAUUGUCUUAAGUGUACACGAUAUUUGAUAGAUUGCUGUUAUGCUUAUCACAUUACCUAAAAGAUGAUACAAUUUCGCGUACACGAAAUGCGUCUUAUGGUAAUGACAGUAAUAUUUCCUUAUUAAUCAAGCCUGAGGCUAAUGAUACAUCGACAUCUCAUGUACACUUAAAUGAUCAAACUGUUAACACCAGCAAUAAAACUGUUGGUUCUAUGCUGAUUCAUGAUGGUGAUCAUGCUGAUAACUUGUUGAAUCAGAGAACAGGUAUCUGCAAAGCCACUUCAUCAAUCAGGAAUGAUAUUCAGAUUUCACCAAAUCCUGCUCCAGGUCCUUCACAGAGUGUAUGUAUAUCAAAUGUAAUUGGUGCUAGUGCUGAUUUUAUAAAUUCUAAGUUUAAAUCGCCGACCACGUCUUGCACUUCCUCAACUCAGAAUAGCUGUUCUAGUGAUACCUCUGUUUCACAAAUGGGGGAUUUCCAUGCACUAUCUGUUUCGUCUAGGCGUAUGACCGUUAUUCAAGAAACACCUCACGGUACUCAUCACUAUCCUUCGAUUCCUCUGAGUUUAUCAACUAAUGGUCUUAGCGAGUCAUAUAACGAUGAUCCCGUUUUACGAGAGUAUAUUCAUAAAAAAUGUACACUACUGAGAUACCCUAUUCAGUUGGCCUUGGCAAUGUCGAAGUUGUGUUCACCAUCAAAAUUAUGUACAAUAUCUGGCAAACAAACAAAUCCCCCAGAGUUUAAUAAGAGUUCACCUCGUCACCUUUCCGAUCACGGUUACAUGGAGAUUGAUGCUAGCCAUUUUACUCUAAAUCCAUCUGCAAUACUUGCUAAAAAUAAUACUGUAAUGAUUAGUAAUAUGAACCGGCCCCGAACAAAAGCUCAAUUACGUCAUCUAAAUGUUAACAAAUCAAGUCACUCAUCAGAUAAGACAACACAAGAUUUCGCUUCACAAUCUAAAAAUAAAAUCACACAAUCAGAGGAAUGCCAAAGGCUUACACCAAUUACGACUGAAUCAGAUGUAAUUGAAAUUCUUUCCGAUGAAGAGGAAAAAUGUGGUCCAUCCACACCACAUUACAAAAAUCCUUCUGUUCUUAAAAGUCGCCAACUUCGUCACCGAUCUCAUCAGUUUUCUAAGAAUCUCCGGAAAACAACCAGACUGUCUACAUUAUACAGGUCCCAAGUUACCCCUAACUAUAAAUGGAAAUUGCGGUCAACAGAAGAUUCUGUUGGAAUUCGAUUAGUUUCUUCACUUGAUUUCGAUAGAGAUCCAGAAGCGAAACUAUCACAGACUCCACAUUGGGUUUAUACUUAUGCAUCGAGAUAUGAAAAAAGUGAAAUGAAAUCUCAUUUGUUACUUGGAGAUGUCUUACGAAUUUUAUAUUUAUUACUAGUAAAUCGUAGAAAUCAAUUAGUUUUAAGAAAUGUUUUAAAACACUGUCGACAUUAUUGUCGUAGAAUACCUUCAGGUGAUAUUCAUAUUUAUACAUCAACUGGUUUAUCACCGUUAAGAUCGAUUUCUUUACCACACUAUUCAUGCACCAUUUCAAAAUCUACUCCACUAUUUAUUGUACACUGGUAUUCUGAUAAUAUUUUAAAAGAAAUAUUAACUGUUACGUAUAGUUGUUUGCCAUUACAUGAAACUUGGUACGAUUGUUGUCCAAAAAUGUUACUGCAUACAUUAUCAUAUUUAAUUUUUAAACCAGAUGCAAAAAAGCGUAUUUUAAGCUUUGCAAAAACCUUCUCUAUUAAACCUGGACAAAUGCCAAGUGCGUUUUCAUUGUUACCAAUAAUGCGAACAAACGAGAACGAUUCUAGGAAAUGUUCAUCACUUGAUAACCUACAUGGUGGCCAUCAUGAUUUGGAAUUGUAUACAAAGUUAUCUGAUUGUCUUCCAAAAUCACUUACAACUAUAUUGAAAACGAAUUUCGGUUUGCCCGUUUAUCAUAUUGCAGGAUUUGGACUGCUUAUUAAUUCUUUUCAUAACACUUGCAUUCAUGUUUUCACUGAUACCAAGCCAAGUGUGCAUUAUAAUUUGAAUGUCCCGUUGAAUGAACAGUUAUCCGUUAAUUUGUUCAUUAUCAUGCAACAUUUACAUCAAGCUGUAUCUGUUUGUUUGUGCAGACUACGUGAUUCUUAUGCAUCGCUUAUGUCAGCUGGUGCAUGUCUAAGAGCAAGAUAUGAACUUUCAAAAACCCACUGUAACGAUACUCAGCAACUAUCUUAUUUACGUAUUGCUCGAGGUCGCGCACGUCUUUUCGAAUCAGAAGCCGUUGCUCGAGAUAAUAUUGGUCGCAUAUUUAAUGAAGAGGUUAACCCUCAUAUUCUUAAUCUAAUAAACCUAUUGGAACGUAUAUACCAUAGUUUACGUCACUUAACUGGAAAUACUUUCUUAUUUGGUCCAUUUUACAAUCAGAAUAUUAUGUCUUGCAAUGACGGAAACUUGACUUUACUAAACUCCAAACAAUGGGUUGUCGAGUCGCUCAAAUAUGUGAAAAAAUUAGUUCAUUUGUCAAAUGUAAUACCAAAGUUUAACUUUUCUCUCUUUAUUGAAACAUCUUUUCAUCUAUUAGAAUAUCUAACUAUUGAUGUUACUAGACAUCUUCAUUUAGUUAUGGAAAAAGUGUUAUCUUUCAAGAAUCAACUAUCGCAGACCUAUACAUCCAUCACUAAUUCUUGGAUUCCAGCUUACAAAGGUUUAUCCACUGAAGUUAAUUCACGUGCUGAUAUUGACUUGAAGUAUUUCUUUUCGUCACUGCAAAGCCAGUAUGAUGUAAUUGAGGUUUGGGCUCGACGCCAGCAUGAAACAGAAUUAAGAUCUAUUGGUAACGAAAUGAUAAACCUUCUCAAGAUACUUGCUAAAUGCUGGAAUUGUCAGUGGCUAUAUAGAAAUUUGAAGUUACCAUGUCCUGUUUUAAGUAUUCCAUAUGGUUCCAAAAAUAAUUCAUCUCAUUUAUUUCUGAAAGAACCUGGCAUAAUUUCGUUAUCGUCUUGGCCACCAGUUCAUUCCAGUUUUAUUCUUACUCAACAUAUAGUCCAAACAAACUCACAGGAACACACCAAUCAGAACGUUAGUUCUCUCAGCAAUGAUACACAGGAGUUCGUCUACUCAAAACUGACAUUUUCGCAAGAUACUUCGACUAGAAUAUGCAGUUCUAACCUAAAAACAGAAUUACCUUCCAUCGUUAAUAAUAAAAGCCAUAAGGCUGGUGCAUGUCAUUUUUCACCGAGCAAUAAUUUUGUUUGUGAAACGCUGUCUAGUGAGCAGGUUAGUGUUACUUCAGAUUUAAGUGUUAAAUCUCCUGUACCGCAAACUGUCAGUUAUCAUUUUCCUAGCUGUCCACCUGAUAUAAAUAUUUUCACCCCUUCUGACCAAUUCCUUCCAGUUGAUAGCACGACAAAUACAUCCACGUUUGCAUCAUCAGAUCUUCGCAGUCAUCGAACUACUGGAAAAUUAUCAACUACUAAAAAUUUACUUACUCAGCCGACUUUAAAAAACAACUCGAAUUUGCUGAACUCAGAUAUUAGAGAAACUAACUACCAUGAUUCAUCUUUUGUUAGUGUAAAUAAUCCUUUAGUUACUGACGUCAGUAACAGUAGGCUGGAGUUUGAUUUAACAGUCACCAAUAAAAAAUCGUCUAAAGAAGCAACACUGGUGGAAUCAUGUGUUCAAAAUUUGUGUGAACCUUGCCAGAAUCACCCUACAUCCAUUUUGAGUGACAAUGAAUCAAAAAAAGAUGCUUAUUCAGUUGAUACACAAUAUUGUAAUGCUCAUAGUGAGACUAAUGUUAAUCAAGAUUAUCAGAUUACAGAUGAUAUUUCACCACCUGUCGAGUGCUCACUCACAGUCUCUCAAGAUAAUGACCCAUUAUUUCAGAACAAUGUACGAAUAUCAUAUACACCAACUUUCAAGAACUUGAUAGCAUGCGAUACCAAUCAAAUCGAGAACGGUUAUUCAGAUCAGUCUUCAGUUGUAGUAAAUCAUCCGAUCAUAUCUCCAAAUGUUGCAAAUACAGUCAUUUCAAACUCAUCAACCUUAUCGAACUCACUACAAAAGACUUGUAAUGGACAUGCUAAAAUACCCCCACAUACAUCUCCAUCCAUUUGUGAUAAAGAUAUCAUCACUGAAAAUAGAGUUUUUCCUACUAUUUCUCCCAAGAAUGCUGAUAUUGAGAACUCAAAGUCCAAAUUUUCUCAGCCCCCACGAGAUGUUCACGAUCGGAAUGGUUCGCUAGAUGAAAGUGUUCCCAUCUCAGGUUCAAAGUCUGAUCUACCCAUUUCCUCAAGCUCAUACGACCCAGUCUCCACAAAUUCCAAAACUUGUGAUCAUCACGCAAUCGAUCCCUUUUCCGGAGAUGCUUUUGCUAAAUCACAAAGAUGUUCAUGUCCUCCUCUAGAAGAAAAUAAGGCUAGUAAUAAUUUCAGUUUCGUUAAUAAUAAAACGAGUGAACUAGUAGGAUCUACUGACAUGUGUAAAAAGCAGUCGAAAAAAAAAUCUGUUAAAAAAGUGUGUAUUUACCUACCGGAUAAUGCUAUUACUAAUUCUCCUACUAAAGAUAUUGUGUCUCAUUGUAAUAGUGAAGAAAAUCAUGAAGUAUCCGACGAACCAGAUAAUUGUAUAAUAUCCCUUGACAGACGACGAGCUGGGAAGCUUAAACGAAGGUUAAAAAAAAUUAACCACUCGACAUUCGAAAUACAAACAUCCACUACUUCCUCCGAUACCUCAGACACUUCUCAAAUCAUUCUUGUAAAUAACAGCGAAAGAGCUUCCAAAGAUAUACAAGCAAUGAAUAAUAUAUGUUACAAGCCGAUCACUAACAGUAUUUCGUUUGAGGGAACUCUGCUCAAUUCAUAUAAUUUAACUAACAUCGAUGAAACCCACUCAGUAAAUAACAUUAAACCUGUUACUCCUUGGCCAAAAGAGAAAUCUUUGCAUCCGCAAGCUCCUGGUCCAGUCACAGCCGCUAUAUUAGGCCAGUCUGUUCCCGUAUUAUCUUCUGAUAUUUCAAUUGAUCUAACUGUUGAUGAUUAAAAUAGGCUUAGUUUUAACAUUAAAUAGCAUCUAAACUAAGUUCCGAUCAGAACAUCCACUACUUACAAAAAUUUGUGUAUAAUCUUGUACAUAUUUAUUGCUCUCCAAUUCUAUAUCAAGAUUCAUUUUGUGCAUUUCACUGAAUUUUACUCUGCGUCAACUAUUUUUAUAGCUUCAUUUUAUGAUACAUUUAUUUAAUUUUACAGGGUUUUAAUUAUGUAACGAAUUCCUUGUGGCAUAAUUUUUUGUCAAUUUUACCAAUAAAAUAGUUCGUUUUCUUGAGU